GGAUUUAAGCUAUCUCUCUAGCCUUGUCUAGAUUCCUACAAGGCUGCUAUAUUUAUAGUUUGCGGAUCGAUCUUUCCUGGAGGGAAAUCCCAUACGAUAUCAUGCAUUACAUACGGUUAUUCAAGCAGCCUCGUCUGCUACCUAUUGCAUCCUCCUCCUCGUCUUCCCCUCGGAUACUCGCUGCGAAGAUUACCAUCACCACGGAUUUGGGGGAAUCGUAUUUGAUGUCCGAUGUUAAACUCCGUGCGGAAGUAGAAGUCGAUGGGAUCAGUCUUGGGAGCGGGAAAGAAUAUAUAUGGAAAGGCACGAAUGGGAUGAGGAGUUUGGAAAUCCAGAUACCGAUAAAAGUACAGCGUGGAGUGGAACAAUGGACGACGAUGAUUGUGGGACCCGCGGACAAUAUAUAUGGUGUCGAUUCUUUUGACGAUGUUUUGGGAAUAAGUCAGAACGAGGGUGGAAUCGUGAAGGUGAGAAGUAGGAGUAUUGACCUGAAAACUGGAGCCACGAGAUCAGAGGGUAUGGCCGAACGGGUCUUCAGUACUGGUUUUGGAAGGCGGGAUAAAAUCCACAUUUGGGAAGAAACGGGAGAGAGUAUCGCAAGACAUAUCUGGGAUGCGGGUCUAGUGCUCUCAUCAUAUCUAUCAUCUCUUGCGAGUUCUCCUCGACCCGCUGGCUCCCUGCCUACUCUAGAGAAGUUUCUGGGCACGCAACAAGAUAUCAAUAUUCUUGAGUUGGGAGCCGGCUGUGGAAUCGUAGGUAUCACACUCGCGAAGGUCUUUUCUGAUCGAAUUAAUAAAAUUCUACUCACCGAUCUCCCCGAAGCCUCGGAGAUCCUGGAGAAGAAUCUUUCUGCCAUGACUCCAGAUUCAGAUGUCUCACUCUGCAACUUCUGCUCCCACCAAGUGCUAGAUUGGUCGGCCCCGCUCCCGCAAGAUGUGCGAGGCGAAAGGUGGGAGUUGGUCGUGGUGGCGGAUUGUACGUAUAAUCCUGAUGUCGUACCCGAUUUGGUAAAUACAUUAAUCAAAGUGAGAGAUGGGAAUCGAGAAACGCUUGUUUUGCUCGCGAUGAAAGUGAGACAUGAUAGUGAAAUGGUGUUUUUUGAGCUCAUGGAGAAAGGAGGGUUUGGGGUCGUGGAGAAGUGCAAGGUACCGUUGGGGAUGGUGGGGGAGGAGGACCAGGAAAUUGAGAUAUUUGUUUUUAGAUGAUGGCGAAUGGCCAUUAGUUUCAGGGAUGUAAAUUCAAGUCUAUGAUUUGUCGUUUACUAUAUCAAGAAUAUUUGAGUCCUUCGCGCACUCGCUUUAGUCUGUCGAUUUCAUGUCUAUAUCUCUACAACCAGAUUCAUACAACUUCAUUUCAUUGCACAUAGGUACUGCUUCUCAUACGCAUUGUCCAUCUACAAUCCUUUCGCCA